GCCGACACGUCGGGACAGCACGGAGCGGCAAAUCAGCAGGCAUAUUUCCUGUCCAGAUGGGUUUAAAUGAACAAAGCUACAGAUUUGGGAUAUCACACCGAAGAUGAUACAAAGUUGUGAAAGGUCAUGAGGUCAGUGCAGGAUGAAAUUGCUUUACAAGGGGAUCUACAAAAAUUAGAAGAAUGGGCAGAUUAAACAUUGAUCAUCCGUUAUUUUGGAAGUUCUGAAAUUUGCAAUACCUGGAAGCCUUUUCGGUAAAAACUGAAUUUUGCAUCUUUCGCUUGAAAGUGCAGAGAAUAAAGACUCAUUUGUAACCUACAGAAUGACUUCAGAACUGGAGAGCAGUUUAACCUCUAUGGACUGGCUUCCACAACUCACUGUGAGAGCCGCUAUUCAAAAUAGUGAUUCUGCGCAACAUGGUCAUGGAACUGGUAUCUCAAAGAAGAGCGCGCUUCUUGACUCAAAUACGACACUGGACCAGGAAGACGUACAACAGCACAAGGAUGGAAAGCCGCCAUAUAGUUACGCCAGUCUUAUUACUUUUGCAAUCAAUAGUUCACCAAAAAAGAAAAUGACUCUGAGUGAGAUAUACCAGUGGAUCUGUGAUAAUUUUCCGUACUAUAAGGAGGCCGGCAGCGGCUGGAAGAAUUCUAUACGACACAAUUUGUCCCUGAAUAAGUGCUUUCUGAAAGUGCCUCGAUCCAAGGAUGACCCUGGGAAGGGUUCCUAUUGGGCAAUAGACACAAAUCCAAAGGAGGAUGCACUACCAGCACGGCCAAAGAAAAGGCCGCGAUCUGGAGAGCGGGCCUCGACACCUUACAGCAUAGAUUCAGAUUCCUUGGGAAUGGAUUGUAUUAUGUCUGGAAGUGCCUCUCCGAACCUGGCUAUCAACACUGUGACUAAUAAAGUAACCUUAUAUAAUCCAGAUCAGGAUGGCAAUGAUAGCCCUCGAAGUAGCCUUAACAACAGUCUUUCUGAUCAGAGUGUGUCUUCUAUAAACUUGAAUAGUGUUGGCAGUGUACAUAGCUAUACCCCGGUUUCAAGCCAUCCGGAGCCUUCUGCUCAACCAUUAACACAACAGUCACAGUAUAAUACACAGGAAAGAGAAAAACUUUUCCCUGAAUAUAAUUUUGAAGAUCUCAGUGACUCAUUUCGAAGCCUGUACAAAUCUGUUUUUGAGCAGUCUCUUAGUCAAGGACUGAUGAACUUGCCUUCAGAGUCUCCACAACAGACGCACUCUCCCUGCUCUUAUCAACACUCCCCUAGUAGCACAAUUUCACAACAGCACAAUAGCCAAAAUAGCCUGACAAAUAGCCAUGCGAGCAGUCUUGGCACUAGUAUAGGUGAUUCUAUUGUACAGGUUCAUUUACCACAUACCCAGUUACACACGCAGCAGUCACACCAGUCGCCUCAUAUACACCACAACGUAGUUCAUCACCAGCAUCCGCAGCAAUGUCAACAGCACACAUCUCACUGUCAUCAACAAUCUCCACAUCACCAGUCGCCUCAUCACCAACACCAACAGUCUCCGCACCAGCAAUCGCCACACCAACAGCAUCAGCAGCAACGUGCACAGAAUCCUGCCCAUCAGCAUUUACAGCAUCAUCCAAACCAUCAGUCCUUAGCACAUCAGACGUCUCUAACUCAGCAACAGACACCUUGUGGUGCUGAAUGGUAUUCUACUCUUGACAUGCUGAAGGAAAGUUGCCGUAUCGCCACCAGUGCCAACUGGUCAGAAGUGGACCUUUCCCAGUUCCAAGGUUUGAUGGAAAGUAUGAGACAAGCAGAUCUUAAGAACUGGUCACUUGACCAGGUUCAAUUAGCCGACCUGUGCUCUUCACUCAAUAAGUUCUUCGCUCAGACUGGGCUCAUCCAUCCUCAGUCACCAGUUUGCCACGGUAAUAUGCACAGUGCAAAACCCUCACAGCACCUUGGGACAGGAAACGUGUACCUUGAUUCCAGGCAAAAUGUUCCACAAUCAAUGAUGGGACCUCCAAGUUACCCCCUCAUACCACAGACAAUGAGCACUACAGGAUCUGCUAUGUCAGGUCAUCAUGGAGUAAUGAACCAGCAUCACAUGAUGCCUUCAUCAAACUUCCAGAUGCGCCGUCCUCUUCCUGCAGAUGACAUUCAAGAUGACUUUGAUUGGGACUCUAUUGUAUAGCACUAUUAAAGUUUUGUCUUGUCACCCAGUGUUGUUGGUUUAAGUGACCAUGAAUGUGAUAAUGAAAAAGGUAAAGAUAUCCAAAAAACGAAUAACUGCUAUCAACGUUGACUUUGAUGACAAUCAAACCUUUAUUUAGCAGGAUAAAUUAAACAAAUGCUUUGAGUUGACCCUGUAAUAUUUGUUCGUUUCCCUGGUAAGCUGCAGUCGCUCAUUAUCGUUACGUGAUUUUAGACCGUUUGUUCAGCUUUGUGUUAACUAAUGUCGACCACAAGUGUAACACUGAAAUCUGGAUAGAAUCUCUUCUAGCACAAUGUUCCGUCUGCGAAUUUGCAUUUCAAGCCUUCAGUCCUUUCAAGUGGAACUCAACUUGUUUCUAGGACACUGAUGUCAUUUGCCGUUACUACCUUUUAUGUCCUGAUUUAUUUAUAUUUGUUUUUUAGUGGUGUACUCAUUUGUGAAGGACAUUCUCAUUUUAAUUAUAAUUACACUGCCAUGUAGGCUAGCCAUUAAUGAUUACUCAUUACCCACAGUUUACAUUAUUGUCUGUUUUGAUUUGAUCCCAUUCAGAUAUUCAUUUAAUUGUGGAUUUAAACCGAGAUGUUUAAUGCACAGUAUACGUCACAUAUGGUAUAUUUAUGUAGUAGCAGCACCUGACACUGCUUCCAAUAGAUAUUCUGCAAUACUAAUAGAUUGCAAGACCAUGCCUAAAGAAAAUUAUCGUUAAUACAUUUGUUAUUGCUAGCA